AUGGAAUAAAUAAUUUACAAUGAUAAUUUGAUGUUGUUACAAUAAAAAAUAUUAAGUUAUCCAAAAACUAAUGAAGAUCUUAAAGUACUUUUAAUAUAUAAGUUAAGACUAUGGUAUCAAUAAUAAAAGUAACAUAAAUAUUCAACAAAUUGAAUGAACUUUAUCAUCAAUAAUUAUCAUAAGAAGGGUAAUUAAAAGUAAACUUUUAAUAGAUAAAUAGCUCUGUAAUUAUUUAGAACUUACAAGUUAUUAACUUGGAGAGGAAGUUUAACCUUAGUAAAAGUUUGCUGUAUAACUUAUACUGAAAGGAUAAGUUGAAGUUUAUAAUUUGGAAGAGGGUUAUAUAUAUAAGCAUGAAAAAUAUCUAACAACUUUAAAUCCCUUAUUUUAUAUAGAGGAUGACUUUUAAUUAGAUAAUACAAAAUACUCGCAAAAUUAGUUGGUAUAUAAAGCUGCAUUCAAUAAUUCCAUAAUUUUGAAGAUUAAUAAAAAAGAAUGUGAUGAAAUUUAUAAAUAUUAUGGGGAAAUUUUUUUAUUUAAACAUAGAACUUUGUGUAAAAUAAUACCAGGAUUAGGAGAAUUGAAUUCUAAAAGAAUAUUAGAAUCGCUUGCCAAUUAAUUUGAAAAUAUUAUUCUUCCAAAUUGCACUUAAAUUACAGAGUACAUAUUGAAUUUAUUCAAGAGAAAAUUAGAUUGGAGAAUAUAUUUAUUUUUUAGCGUAGGGUCAUGUAUCAUUUUAAAAGAAUAAAGAACACUUAUUUAAUAUAGAAGAAAGUGGAAUAAUUGGAGAUGAAUUAUUGAUAGAUCCUGAUCAAGAUUAAAAUGGAAUAUUGACAUAUGAAUAUACUGUAAUUGCUAAAUCAGCAUAAGUUUUACUAUAUAAAAUUAAACUUAAAAUCUUUACGCGACUUUUCCCUAAUGCUAUAAUUAGAUAAAUAAUAAUAUAAUAUAAAUGUAUAUAUAGAAUUUAUAAAUAUAGAAAAAUAAUUAAUGAGACUCCUUGUUGGUAGUAAACCUAUUGAGAAAAAUAAAUGUAAUACUUAACCAAAAAAAGAAAUUAAGAAAUCAAAAUCGACUUUGGUUUUAACAAAAGAAUCAAUUAAAUCAUAUGAUAAAGUAGAUAUAGUAUUUUAAUAAUAUUAAGUAUAAAUUUUACAUAAUAUUAGGUACCAAAACAUAGUAGAGUAUUAAAAUUUAAUAAUAAUUUAUUGGAUAAAUUCAAUAAAAAGUUUAAAAAAGUAGGGAAAAAGAUUACAAUAAAUGAAUUUGUCUAAUAAACAAAAUAUAGUGAUGAGCCUUAAAUAAAAUUAUUGGAAAAAGUAGAGAAUCCUUAUAAUUUUGCAUCGAAUGUAAAUACAGAAGGUUUUCUAAAGAAAUAUUAUUCAAAUCUUAUAAGGAUUGGAUUAGUAAAACCCCCAUUAAGAAUAGCUCCUUAAAAUUAGGAAGCAAUUUAAAGAUCAAGAAUAAUUUCUGCAAUGAAAUUGAUUGAAGAUACCCAUAAUUAAUUGAAACCUAAAAGAGCAACAAGUGCUGCAUAUGGCAACACAGAUCCUUUAUUAUCAAUAAAUGCUUUAGUGUCUACAAAAGAGAGUGAAAUAAAUGUGAGCACUUAGAAGCAUAUAGAGAAAAAUAAAACAAUGACCACAUAUAAUCCAACACCAAGAACACAUUCAUAACCUUAAUUAGGUUAUCAUAACAAUGUUACUCCUAGAUAUUCAUCUAUAGUGGAAACCCCUAAAUGUGAUACUCCAUAAACUAGAUCAACAAUGGCAAAAUCAUCGUAAUAAGUAUUUAGACCAUAUUCUGGAUUCAUGGAUCAUACUUCACAUUUGUCUCAAUAAUCAGAAACGAAUUUAAGAUUAAAGAGACCAAAUCAACAUUUUUUUUGA